AUUCUGGCUAUCCACUGGGACUUUGCUAUGCGCUUAGCCUCAGGACAUUAGCACGCCUAGCGUAUAAUACAGUCUAGUGUCCUGUCUGUAAAGAACUGUAGCUCGCUGAAGAUUGCAAACAUUUUCGGUCAACUUUUUUUUAAAUAAAAAACUUUUAUUUUAUUUUUUCUCCCCAUCAUUGUCCUUCGUUGGAACCGAAGUCGAGGUGGAUGCAACUUUACAGACGCAUUGUAAAAACGAGUUUGGCUGUUUUCGUUUGGUUGCCUUUUUAGGAAAAUUGUAAUACGUUUGAAACUAAUGUUUUGUUCCCUGCUUUUUGAUUCUAUGGGAGAGUCUGGAACCCGAAAAACAUUUUGAAGACUAAACGCUACUUUUUUUUUACAACAUUGCCUUCAUGUUUCCCAUAUAUCUAUAGUUUUAAGGUGGCCCAAGCACGUUUGUGAAUUAAGAAUCCGGUUAGCUAGUCAACCAAUUCGGUAAUUUUUAGACCUUUAGCUAGUAGCCAGUGAAGUGUAAGGAAAUCUGGGUCUCCAUGAAGAAAUCCCAACGUGCGAGUUGAAACUGUCCUAGUUACCUAAUACAGCUGAACGCUUUUCUCGUGUUUUGUGUGCCCAUAACAUUUUUAUUUUAUUUAACCGACUCAAUGAACACGAUGUUCGUGUUCUCUACGGUUUACACAUUGGCCCUGCUUUUUGUUUCGACGAAGGCUGAGCCCAAUUCGAAAAGCUGCAUUGAAGUUAGGGCUGCAUACAGUUCCAAAGGCUUCAACGUCAAUGACGUUCCCAACAAAGGGGUACACGGAGCCCCCCUAAAGGUGUGUCCUCAGGGCUACUCAUGCUGUACCCUGGAGAUGGAGGAAAAGCUGAGCCAGCAGAGCCACUCAGACCUGAAGGCCCCGAUCUCCCAGCUCAACUCCAACCUACAGAGCACCUUCAAACAGAGGCACAGCCAAUUUGAUCAAUUCUUCCGUGAGUUGCUGGACAAUGCGGAGCACUCGCUUAACGACAUGUUCGUGCGCACAUACGGCCUGAUGUAUGUGCAUAAUGCGGAGCUAUUCAAGCACUUUUUCCAGGAGCUGAAGCGCUACUAUGUGUCGGGCAGCGGGGCAGUCAACCUGGACUCCAUGCUGUCUAACUUCUGGGAAGACCUCCUGGAGAGGAUGUUCCGAUUGGUCAACGUCCAGUACGAGUUCAGUGACGCCUACAUGGAGUGUGUCAGCCGCCACACCGAGCAACUGAAACCGUUUGGUGACGUGCCGCGCAAGCUCCGCCUCCAGCUGACACGGGCCUUUGUCGCAGCGCGCACCUUCACACGUGGCCUGGCGCUCAUACCCGAGGUGGUCAACAAAGUCUCCACGGUCAAUGCAUCCCCUAGCUGUGUGCGGGCAGCCAUGAAGAUGUUGUACUGUCCCUACUGCAAAGGCCAGGUGGCCCUCAAGCCUUGCCAGAACUACUGUCUCAACGUGAUGCGUGGCUGUCUGGCCAACCAGGCUGACCUCGACACAGAGUGGAACAACUUCCUGGAUGCCAUGUUGAGUCUGGCUGAGAGACUGGAGGGGCCCUUCAACUUUGAGUCUGUGAUGGACCCCAUUGACGUUAAGAUCUCUGAGGCCAUCAUGAACAUGCAGGAGAACAGCAUGCAGGUGUCACAGAAGGUGUUCCAGGGGUGUGGUCAGCCUAAACCAGGUAAUGGCUUCCGGUCGCAUCGCUCAGUCAAGGAGACAGGAUUCACCGGUCGCUUUCGACCCUACAGCCCUGACGCACGGCCCACUACUGCUGCUGGCACCAGCCUGGACAGACUGACGACAGACGUGAAGAAAAGGCUGAAGCAUGCUAAGAAGUUCUGGUCCACGCUGCCAGAAACCGUGUGUGCUGGGGAGAGGAUUACGUCUAGGGAUGACUGUUGGAACGGAACAGCAAAGAGCAGGUACGAGUCUGUUGUCAUGGGCAACGGAUUGGCCAAUCAGGUGUCCAACCCGGAUGUGGAAGUGGACAUUACAAAGCCAGAUGUGGUGAUUCGCAGUCAGAUCUCAGUGUUGAAGGAAAUGACCAGCUGGCUGAAGGCCGCCCACAGCGGCAAUGAUAUCUCCAUCGACCAAGAUGAGGAUGGUAGCGGAGGACAGGAGAGUGGUAGCGGCUGUGACUCUCCAUCCUGUGAGGCGGACCGGGACAUCUACUUCUCCAUCCCACCCACCCCCAUCAACCCCCGCGUGGUCAAGGUGGUGCACCAGGAAACGACCGGUGGAGACCGUAUAGCACACGGGAGCAUGGCACUGGCACUCUGUGGGCUCACCCUGGCCCUGCUCGCCCCCCAUUGGCGAUAAAGGGAGAGAGAGUGAGAAAGUAAGAUGGAGAGAAGGGAAAAACUGUCAGACUUUUAAGAAGACUGCCUUCAGGACCUAUCUGCCCGCCAUCAUGUGGGGGGGGGGGCUCUUGAGUUAUUUUAAUUUUUUGUUCGUUUUUAUAAAAAUGGUCAAUACUGUA